AUGGCCACGCCUCGCAUCGCUCCAGGUCUUGUCGGCCUUCUCAAUGUUGGCGGUGGCUGUAGGGCAACAAAUACUUACUUUCAACGCUCAGUCGACAAAACCCAGCCGAAGGCAUCAAAAUUUCGGAGCUUCAGCACAAUCCAUCGACGACUUGAAGCAGAGCCUGGGAAGCCCAGCAAUCCCUCAGCAAAACUUCCUCUCGCAGGCACUCUAGUCGUCUCCCUCGAACAAGCCGUCGCAGGCCCUUUUUGCACCCGUCAACUCGCAGAUCUGGGCGCCCGCGUGAUCAAAGUCGAAAGACCUGGACUAGGAGACUUCAACCGGUACCACGAUGAGCGAGUAAAAGGCCUAUGCUCGCACUUCGUCUGGACAAACCGCAGCAAAGAGUCUCUGGCAUUGGACCUCAAGAAACCGGAUGAUCUCGCAGCCUUGAAGACGAUUCUAGCCAAAGCGGAUGUGUUGGUUCAAAACCUGGCACCUGGAGCCUCGGAACGCAUGGGCUUGAGCUACGAGACCUUGAAGCAGAAGCACCCCAGCCUCAUCGUCUGCGACAUCAGCGGAUAUGGCAGCACAGGCCCAUACAAAGACAAGAAAGCCUACGACCUCCUCAUCCAAGCCGAAUCCGGCUUCCUAUCCGUCACAGGCUCGCCCGGAAUGCCAGCAAAGUCCGGUAUCAGCAUAGCCGACAUUGCAGCGGGCGUCACGGCGUUCAACAACAUCCUCGCGGCUAUCAUUCAGCGAGGCAAGACAGGCGAAGGAUGCAGACUGGAUGUCAGCAUGCUGGAGAGUAUGGCCGAGUGGAUGUCCUUCCCAAUGUACUAUGCCUAUGACGGUGCUCCCGCGCCGGCGCUGGCGGGUGCGGAACAUGCUUCGAUAUAUCCGUAUGGACCGUUCAAGACUGGUGGUGGCGGGAUGGUGAUGUUGGGCAUGCAGAAUGAGCGGGAGUGGGGAAUCUUCGCGGAGCAGGUGCUUGAGCAGAAGGAGUUGCUGGAGCAUGAGAGGUUCAAGACGACGUCGAUGAGAUCUGCGAAUCGCAAGGAGUUGAAGGAGAUCAUUCAGGAGGCAUUUUCGAAAUUCACGGCCGAUGAUGUCCUUGAGCGACUACAAACUGCUGGCAUCGCGAACGCCCGGGUCACUGAUAUGCCUGGUCUAUGGGACCAUCCUCAAUUGGCCGCCCGAAACCGAUGGUCUGAAGUAGACACUCUCAACGGGCCCGUUCCAGCUCUCAAACCCGCAGGUGGUGCAGACGGACUGCACGUUCGCAUGGAUCCUGUCCCAGCAGUCGGAGAGCACAGCGAGGCAAUCUUUGAGGAAUUUGGCAUUCAAAGGUAG